AUGGCAGAUUUGGUGGCAUAUCCUAUGAACGGUGGAGAUGGCCUCUACAGCUACAGCAAGAACUCUAAUUUUCAGAGAAAAGCUAUAGAUGCUGGCAAGGAACUGAUCAAAGAAGCAGUUUCUGAAAAGCUUGAUAUGAAAAGCUUCUCUUCUUCAAACACCUUUCGAGUUACAGAUUUAGGCUGCUCUGUUGGGCCUAACACAUUCCAUGCAGUGCAAAACAUAGUGGACGCUGUGGAGCAAAAGUAUCAAAGCCAAGGACACAAUUCUCAGCUCCCUGAGUUCCAAGUUUUUUUCAGUGAUCACACCUCCAAUGAUUUCAAUGCGCUCUUCCAAUCUCUGCCUCCAGACAGGCGUUACUACGCCACGGGUGUUCCGGGGUCUUUUUAUUCCCGUUUAUUUCCCAAGGCCUUUGUUCACUUUGCUUACUCUUCAUAUGCUCUCCAAUUUCUCUCUAAAGUGCCAGAAGAAGUGGUGGACAUGAACUCUCCUGCUUGGAACAAAGGGAGGAUUCAUUACUCGAAGUCUGCAGACCAAGUUGUCAAGGCAUACACAACUCAGUAUGCCAAGGACAUGGAGUGCUUUCUAAACGCUAGAGCCCAAGAGAUUGUGUGUGGAGGAUUGAUGGCCUUUGUUGUCCCAGGCCGCCCCAAUGGAAUCCCUCAUACAGAAGUUUUCGUCAAUAUAGUGUAA